AUGGCAAAAGCACGUAUCCAUAAUGCUUUUCAAUCAUUUAUGUCUUGGAUUUCACAAUCACUUGAUGCGAAUGCAACAGAUAAUGCAUCAAAAAUAUGUUGGAUUUUUCAUCUUCCACCUGAAAUUCUUCAAACACUCACUGAAUAUUUAAAUGUUCAUGAUAUUAUUUCUUUGAGUAAAACUUGUCGAUUGUUUUAUACCCUAAUUAAUGAUGAUAACUUUUGGAUUCAUCGUAUACAUUAUCAAUUUCCUUCAUCUAUUGCUAUGUUUUAUACAUCGGAUUUAUUUCAAGAACCUGAAAAUAUUUUGACUAAUGAUGAAAUUCGUCCAUCUGGUUUCGAUCAUAUUAGAGUCGAUCAUGAACUUGAUAUUGCUGCAAUAAAGUCAGCUACACAUUAUAAUGAUGAAGCUAUUGAAAAGCGUCAUGCUAAAAUGUAUACAUCAAAAAAAGAUUUUUUAACUAAACUACAAUAUUUUCAAUUUAAACAACCAAACAAAAGUCUGGAAAUUCCAAACAUGAAAUUGAUCUAUUUUUAUUUGAUUGAUCGAAAACGAACUUCAGUUGUUGAUAUGAAUGUUAUUCAUCGUAAUUCUUAUUAUCUUGUCGAACAAAAUGAGAAAGAUAGUUUAACAGGUCGUAUUAUUCGUUUACAACAAGUAUGUUGGCUUGAAAUAAGUGGUCGUUUUGAAUAUGAUAUUAUGCCUGGAAAAUAUGAAGUUAUUUGGCGAAUGAAAAGUUAUUCAGGUUCUGUCAAUUUGGGGGGAGAAACGGAAUUUACUGUUGUACCAUCCAGUGGAAAAAUGUUAAUUCGUAAAAUAUCUGAAAAUGAUUUUCAACAUUAUAUACUCGAACAUGGUAAUCAUUGGUUUUUAAUCAAUAUGGGUCAUAUUGUAAUUUAUGAAAUCUCAACAGUUUUCAUGGGAAUACGCAAUUGGCAUAAUGGAAAUUGGAAAACAGGCAUUUCCUGGGAUUGUAUCGAAUUGAAACUAAUAGCUUAA